AUGAGUAAAACAGCUACCAAGGCAGCCCUCUUACCGCCUCCAUUCUACUCGCCGUACUUGGACGAUCAGUGCAACAAGAUCAACUCAAAGCCAGUGCCAUGGGAGGGUUACCAGCGGGCCAAGCUGGUCUCGGGCGAUGAGGUACAGCUGCUCAAGUCUAUCAACAAACUGCCCCAGUCUCAGCGCUCGACGACCUUUGCGACCCAAGGCGCCCAGUACGCCUCCCUCUACAUCAACCUCCUCCGGAAGCUUCAGCGGGUCGACACGGUCCAGGCGGUUUUGGUCGCCAUUAACGACAUGCUCACCUCGGACCCGACCACGACCAUCCCUUUGUUCCACUCUUUAUCGACGGUGGAGCACCCAGAAGAUCCGUAUGGACCCAUCGUCAAGUGCUUGAGUAUGGACGAGGAGUUUGCGAUUCUCGGAUCAUUGCGGAUAUUGGGUGUCCUCAUUGCAACCGACACCAAUCCCUUCCCCCAGACACUCAUUUCCCCGCUCCUCAAAUCUAUUUCCACCCUCCUCAACGGGACCCGCCAACCUCUGUGGGAAGUCGCAGCUCAGGCUCUCGGCGCCAUCCUAGGUCGGAAACAAUUCCGAGACGCGGUAUGGGCAGAGGAGCAGUGCAUUUCGGGUCUUCUAAAAUCGCUCAAGACGAAUGCCAACCCGCAGGCGCAGUACUGGAGCUUGAGCAGUCUGUGGAUGCUGAGUUUCGAGAAGGAGGCGGCGGAAGGUAUGGACAGGAAAUACGAUAUCAUAGCGCUUCUCACAACUGUGGCGAAAGCCUCGGUCAAGGAGAAAGUAACCCGGAUGGUGAUCGCGACUUUACGAAACCUUCUCACACAAGCUCCUACCCAAAACUUGCCAUCCCUCUUCGUCCAGAAGACACUCGCACUCGUUUCCUCCCUCCAGGAACGUAAAUGGUCUGACGAGGAAAUAGAGGACGACCUGACCUACCUCUCUACCGAGCUCAAGGGGCGCCUGGAGGGGUUGACGACGUACGACGAGUACCUGAGCGAGUUGGAGAGUGGGAAAUUGGUAUGGAGUCCGACGCAUGAGAGCGAGGAUUUCUGGAAAGAGAAUGGAGCGAGACUGGGACAGGAGGAUAGCGGGAAGGGUAUCAAGCGUCUGGUGGAGCUCCUCAAGACGUCAAAGGACCCGCUUGUGCUUGCUGUAGCAGCGAGCGACGUGGGGCAGUACGUCAAGUCGGUGGGCGACAAGGCGAAGGCGACGGUUGCGGAGCAAGGGGGCAAAACGCGCAUGAUUGAGCUCAUGGGGCAUGAUAAUGCCGAUGUGCGGUAUAGGGCGUUGAUGAGCGUGCAGCGAUUGAUGAGUCUGCAUGCUUGA